UAGUUACUAGGCAGGGAGAUCGAGGAGGUGGCAGAUAGUGCUCAUGUGACUUGUCACAUGACUUCAGAUCAGCCGAAAUCCAAAAUGGGACGCCAAGCCUGCCUCCUAGGGCUCCUUGCUCUCGUCAUCAAUGGCCAAUGCACGUAUAGCCCUGAGCCGGACCAGCGGUGGAUGCUGCCCCCAGGCUGGGUGUCUCUGGGCCGAGUGGACCCUGAAGAAGAGCUGAGUCUCACUUUUGCCCUGAAACAGCAGAACCUGGAAAGACUCACGGAGCUGGUGCAGGCGGUGUCGGAUCCCAGCUCUCCUCGAUAUGGAAAGUACCUAACCCUAGAAGAUGUAUCUGAGUUGGUCCAACCAUCACCACUGACCCUGCACACCGUCCAAAAAUGGCUUUUGGCAGCUGGAGCCCGGAACUGUCAUUCAGUGACUACACAGGACUUUCUGACUUGCCGGCUGAGUGUCUGGCAGGCUGAGCUGCUGCUCCCUGGGGCUGAGUUUCAUCGCUAUGUGGGGGGACCUACAGAGACCCAUGUUGUAAGGUCCCCACAUCCCUACCAGCUCCCCCAGGCCUUGGCCCCUCAUGUGGACUUUGUAGGGGGACUGCACCGUUUUCCUCCUACAUCAUCUCUGAGACAACGGCCAGAGCCACAGGGGGGAAAAACUGUUGGCCUUCACCUGGGAGUGACUCCAUCUGUGCUCCGUCGGCGAUACAACCUGACAGCACAAGAUGUGGGCUCUGGCACCACCAAUAAUAGCCAGGCCUGUGCCCAGUUCCUGGAACAGUAUUUCCAUGACUCAGAUUUGACUGAGUUCAUGCGCCUGUUUGGUGGCGAUUUUGCACACCAGGCAUCAGUAGCCAGAGUGGUUGGAAAACAGGGACGAGGCCGAGCUGGGAUCGAGGCCAGUCUAGACGUGGAAUACCUGAUGAGUGCUGGUGCCAACAUCUCCACUUGGGUCUACAGUAGCCCUGGCCGGCAUGAGGCACAGGAGCCCUUCUUGCAGUGGCUCCUGCUUCUCAGCAAUGAGUCAACCUUGCCACAUGUACAUACUGUGAGUUAUGGAGACGAUGAAGACUCCCUCAGCAGCAUCUACAUCCAGAGAGUCAACACCGAGUUCAUGAAGGCUGCUGCUCGGGGUCUCACCCUACUUUUUGCCUCAGGUGACACUGGAGCUGGGUGUUGGUCUGUCUCUGGAAGACACAAGUUCCGUCCUAGCUUCCCUGCUUCUAGCCCCUACGUCACUACAGUAGGCGGCACUUCCUUCAGGAAUCCAUUCCUCAUCACAAAUGAAGUAGUUGACUAUAUCAGUGGUGGAGGCUUCAGCAAUGUUUUCCCGCAGCCUUCAUACCAGGAGGAAGCAGUGGCCCAGUUCUUGAAGUCCAGCUCUCAUCUACCACCAUCUAGUUACUUCAAUGCUAGUGGUGGUGCCUACCCAGACGUUGCUGCACUUUCUGAUGGCUACUGGGUAGUCAGCAACAAGGUCCCCAUUCCAUGGGUAUCUGGAACCUCGGCCUCUACUCCAGUGUUUGGGGGAAUUUUAUCCUUGAUAAAUGAACACAGAAUACUCAAUGGCCGCCCCCCUCUUGGCUUUCUCAAUCCAAGACUUUAUCAGCAGCAUGGAGCAGGACUGUUUGAUGUAACCCAUGGCUGCCAUGAGUCCUGUCUGAAUGAAGAAGUGGAGGGUCAGGGUUUCUGCUCUGUUCCUGGCUGGGAUCCUGUGACAGGUUGGGGAACUCCCAACUUCCCUGCCCUACUGAAGACUCUACUCAACCCUUGACCCUUUCUUGCUGGGAAAGUAGAAUUGUCCCCUCUGCUACAAGAGAAGGCUUAGUCCCUUAUUCUGCCUCAAUGGAAGCCCUGCGAAACUCUUAACUCUUGCCUCCUGCAGCCAUCUUUUCCCUAACCCUCAAACGCUGUGAGCAGCACUUGACUCCCAACCCUACUGUGCUGCAUCAAACUCAGGUCUCCUAACUCAACAAGAUGCUAUAACCAGGUUA